AUGGAGAUCUCGCCGCGAAAAGGGGCAGAGAAGAGCAUCAACUCUCUGUCCGGGCCUGGUCUCGACGUGGGUGCUUCGCGGGGUGAUCUGCGGCAAGGCGGUGAUGGAAACGAAAUGGAAGCCUUCGUCUCUGGGGGCGAGGGCUCCGGCGGCGCUGCUCUUGCUGCUGUACAAGCCAGAGCCGAAAUUGGCCGGCGUGUAAGCGGGCGGAAAAGGAAGAUGGGUAGUGAAGGUCGCCACCGCGCCUCGCGCUCCAAGCCAGCGCCUAGUUCGCGUACUCGUGAGUCGCUUCCCCGGAAGAAGAAGCUUCCGAAGGGUUACUGGGAGGAGCAACAGAAAAAUUGGUCGUCUUCUUCUGAUGAUACGGAAGAGGAGGAGGAGGGGGUGUCUAUCAAUAAGAAGAUGGAGGAGGAGGAGGAGGAGGAGGAGCUCGUGGCCGCGGUGGCUAUGAAGGAGAUGGAUGCGGAGGAGGGGGAGGAGGAAAUUGUGACAGUGAAUGAGAAGGUCGGCGUGGAAGAUGAGCAAGAUCAAGGGCCAGCCUCCGUCGAGAUCCGGCAGAAACUGGCGGAGGAGGUCGAUGUGGAGGGGCAGAACCAGAAAUUGGCGGUGAAUGAGGAAGUCAGUGUGGAGGAGGAGCAGCUAGCCUCCUUGGAGACCCAGAAGAAGAAAAACAUGGCCAGCAGGGAUAUGGUCCUGAAGAAGUCAGCCGCUAGCGUCGAGGUUGCAGAGAUGGAGGAGGAAGAGGAGUCAGGGGAUGAGGAAGAUAAUUUCCAGUAUGACGAGGACUAUGUCCCAGAGGAAGAGGAGGAGGAGGAUGACGAAAAGGAAAAGGAAGAAGGUGAGAAGGUUGAGGAGUCUGAGAUAGAUGAAUAUAAGGAAGAGGUUGAAACGGACUCAUCGGAGGAGAAAGAUGAAGAGGAGAAGGAUGAAGAGGAGAAGGAUGAAGAGGAAAAGGAUGAGGGUGAGUCUGAGAUGGAUGAAUCUGAGGAAGAUGUUGAAACUGACUCAUCGGAGGAGGAGGAGGAUGAAGAGGAAAAGGAAAAGGGUGAGAAACUGGCGGAGGAGGACGAUGUGGAGGGGCAGGACCAGAAACUGGCGGUGAAGGAGGAAGUCGGUGUGGAGAAGGAGCACCUAGCCUCCGUGGAGAUCCAGAAGAAGAAUAACAUGGCCAUCGGGGACAUGGUCCUGAAGAAGUCAGCCGCUAGCGUCGAGGACGCAGAGAUGGAGGAGGAAGAGGAGUCAGGGGAUGAGGAAGAUCAUACCAAAUAUGAUGAGGACUAUGUCCCAGAAGAAGACGAGGAGGAGGAUGACGAAGAGGAAAAGGAAGAAGGUGAGAAGGAUGAGGAGUCUGAGAUGGAUGAAUAUAAGGAAGAGGUUGAAACGGACUCAUCGGAGGAGAAUGAUGAAGAGGAGAAGGAUGAAGAGGAAAAGGAAGAAGGUGAGAAGGAUGAUGAGUCUGAGAUGGAUGAAUAUAAGGAAGAGGUUGAAACGGACUCAUCGGAGAAGGAAGAUGAAGAGGAGAAGGAUGAAGAGGAAAAUGAUGAGGGGGAGUCUGAGAUGGAUGAAUAUGAGGAAGAGGAAGAUGGAGAGAAGGAUGAGGGGGACAAGGUGUUGGAGGAGACUAAGAUAGAUGAAUCUGAGGAAGAGACUGAAACAGACUCGUCAGAGGAGGAAGAAGAAAAGGAGGAGGCUGAGAUGCAUGGAACCGAUGAGAUGGAUGAAAUGAAUGCCUCGGAGGAUGAGGUACAGUCGCAAUGGGUUGUAGAUGACUAUAAUGGUCACCAGCAGCAGGUUGUGGCUGCAAAUGAGGCGGAGGUGCUUCCCAAGCUGGAACCUGAGCCGCCGUUGGUGGUUCUGUCGGACACUGAUUCCAGUGAAGAAGAAGUACAAGAGGAAGAGGCAGAGGCAGCUGCAACGGAGGACGAGCCGCAGGUUGCCGUGGAGACGGGUGGUGAGAGCGACAGCGACGACGAGCAGGAAGUUGCGAGCAAUCAAACUAGUGAAGACUGA